CCGUGGCUGUCAUUUCAUUGAUGGUGGUGCCGUAUGUCUCCUAGUUUUAUUUUUAAUUAUUUUUCUUGAAGUCAUGUUAAUUUAACCACAAAUGAAAACAUGUCACUCAGGGAAAAUUUAAUUGAACUUGGCUGGCAUCUAAGUGAAGAAGGUGUUGAUAUUGUUAGUGAAAAUGGUCAAAUAGAAGAUAUAGAUAUUAUUACGAAGAAAGCAUUAGAUUAUGAUUUAAGAGAUAUUGGAGACGCAGCGCUUCCUGAAGACUUUACUAAAGAGCCGUCUAAGUUAGAGAAGCCAGUGAUACUGCAAAUACAGAAGAUUAGGAAUGUAUCAGCUCCGAAGGCAAAUGAGGAAUCCACAUCUGCUCCUCGAAUGCUUAAGUUAACGUUGCAUGACGGUAAAACAACAUGUACAGGCCUAGAAACGAGUCCUAUAUCCAGUUUAAGUAUUAAUACUCCACCGGGCACAAAGGUGUUGCUAAGCAAUGAAGGGCUCGAAGUGUGCCAUGGUGUGGUGUGGUUGGUGCCAGAUGUUAUAUCUGUUUUGGGGGGAAAAGUUACUCAUAUGAUAGAAAAGUGGGAACUAAACAGGAGUCUUGCCAAGCAUACUAGAGGGGGUAUAGGAGUGGACGGUGGACCUCCUCCAUGGAUUCCAUUUGGACAGAGACUGGAAGCUCUCACACUAGACAAGCAGUUCAAGAGUUUGUCGGAAGCUGCCAAGCAGGACAAUGCAGAGUUUGAAGCUCAGAGGAAAGGCGCCAUUGCCGAAGCACAGAAACUGUCUUCUGGUGUUAAGAAGGUCUUUGGCGGAGGAACUAAACCUUUAUUGGAUGCAAAUGUCCAAAAGAUAGUAGAUGCAGGAUUUUCAGAAGAACAGGCUGAAAAUGCUCUUAAAUACACCAAGAAUAAUGUUGACAGGGCUCUUAAGAUUUUACAGAAGAGAGAUAACUCAGAAAGUAGGAGUAAAGAAAAGCAACAGAAGGAGCCUGAACCACCUAAACGAAAAGGCCGGAAUAAGGACUUGAAUGAUGAGGACAUACAAGUGAAACCAUCAGGAAAGGUGUCCUUAUUUGAUUUCCUAGAAGAUAAACUGCCCAAUGUACCUGAUAAGGAUAAGAGCAAUCGCCAGAACAGCUCCUCACAAGAGGAUAGAGGUGAUAGAAAUAAUUUCAAUUAUAGGGACAGGAAUAGUGGGGGCCGAAAUAACAAUCGCAAUCAAGGGUCAAGGUACGACGGUGCCAACCGACAAAGAUCUGAUGGUAGGGGACAUUAUUCUCACGAUAAUCAUUCACAUAGAGACGAUAGAAAAUACCAGGCGCAGAGUGAAAAACCGCCGCGAUUCCAGAGGAAGUUAGAGGAGAAAAACAAACAACAGAUGCAGUUUCAACAUCAACACCAGAACCAGAAUCAAUUCCAGGCCAACAGCAUGAAUAACAUGAAUAUGCAUUAUAACAAUUCAUAUCAAACUCUGCCUCCGCCGCCACAGAGCCAUUAUAAUGAUAAGAAUAUGAGAAGCGACAGAAAUUAUAAUAAUGAGAAUAAAAUGCAGCAGCAGCAACAACAACAACAACAACAACAACAACAACAGCAGCAACACCAACAACAGCAGCAGCAACAACAACAGCAACAACAUCACCAGCAACAGCAACAAAAUUAUCGUAAUGCAGCUAGUGCUAUGGAGAGUUUAGUGGACGCUACAGCUAACCUGAACUUGUUGGCUAGUCAGCGGGCUGUGGAAGAAUUACAGCAGCCGCGGAACUACCCGCCUCUAGAACAAGUGUACGCGAAGCAAGCGUACCUAGCAGCACAAAGUAUGGCGGACAUCCCGCCGUUCAGACGGGGUGCUGAACUGCAGAAGUACCCGGAACAGGGCUACGCGCGUAGUCGGCAGCCCAAUGGCUACGUAGAACCUCGUCAGAACCCCAUGUAUAGCGGCGCGGGCUACGUAGGCAACGCCGGCGGCUACGCGGGCCGCCAGUUCGGCUACGCGCGUAGUGAGUUCGCGGGCGUGCGGACGGCGCCGUUCCUCGCCAACUCGCUGUUGGGCUUCCAGAAUGCCGCCGUCAAUGAGCAGGCGCGCGCAAUGCUUGGCGUCGCUGACAUCAACUGGAAGGUUGGCGACCGCUGCCUGGCGCUGUACUGGGAGGACAAUAAUUUCUACGAAGCCGAGAUCACAGGCAUAUCGGCCAACACAGUAGUAGUGAAGUUCUGUGCGUACGGCAACCACGAGGAGAUUCUCAAGACGAAUUGCCUGCCCUUCCCCAAUCAAGGGUCCCCCGCGGACAGCGCGGCGUACCUGGCGCAGCGCGGCGUGUUCGCGGCGCGCCGGCCCUAGUGCCGCGCGGGGCCGCCCCGCGCCGGCCCGCGCCCCGCCAGCUGACCCGCGCCCCACCCCGCGCCCCACCCCGCGCCC